CAGGGAUCGUUCGUCACAGCCCCUAUCAAAGCACCUCUACACCUAUUAUCACAAGUAUACUCAAGUGGAGUCACGUGCUCUCCGGUACAGUAAACCUCUUUACCUGAGCGCCGCAUCUCCUGCGCUGAUUGGUCCGCUGGGCGUACUACCCUGAGGUGACGUCAGGAGGACUGCUGCGGGUGAGGCUUCCUCAGUCCAGCCUCUGUGUGAGACAGAAAGCGCCCCGAGCAGCAGCAGGGGACAGACGGGACGGACACAGUAACUGGACCUGACUGACCCGCACGUUCACAGGAAUGGGAAACCAUAUUGUUUCUGACUGCCACAACAAGAAGAUGCCACUGGGUGAAGAUGGACACGCCUGGAAGAAGAAGACCUCAGAUAUCAAGGAGAAGUUUGAUUUCAAAGACAUUCUGGGAACGGGAGCGUUCUCUGAGGUGGUCCUGGCCGAGGAGAAAAAGACGCAGAGAUUGGUGGCUAUCAAGUGCAUCCCUAAGAAAGCAUUAGAAGGCAAAGAAAAUAGCAUUGAAAAUGAAAUUGCAGUUCUGCACAAGAUUAAACACCCAAACAUUGUAUCUCUGGAAGAGAUAUUCGAGAGUAAAUCACACCUCUACCUUGUAAUGCAACUGGUGUCUGGUGGGGAACUGUUUGAUCGUAUUAUAGAGAAGGGCUUCUACACAGAGAAAGAUGCCAGUAUGCUCAUUCAACAGAUUCUGGACGCUGUUAAAUACCUCCACGACUUGGGCAUUGUGCACCGUGACCUCAAGCCAGAGAACCUGCUGUACUACAGCAUGGAGGAAGACUCGAAGAUCAUGAUCAGUGACUUUGGUCUGUCUAAGAUCGAGGGCUCUGGCAGCGUGAUGUCAACAGCCUGUGGAACCCCUGGAUAUGUUGCUCCUGAAGUUUUGGCACAAAAACCAUACAGUAAAGCUGUGGACUGCUGGUCUAUUGGGGUCAUAUCAUACAUUCUGUUGUGUGGAUACCCUCCUUUCUAUGAUGAAAAUGACGCUAAACUGUUUGAACAGAUCCUGAAAGCAGAAUACGAGUUUGAUUCUCCUUACUGGGAUGAUAUCUCUGAUUCAGCUAAAGACUUUAUAGUGCAUCUUAUGGAAAAAGAUUCUAAUGUACGUUUUACCUGCGAUCAGGCUCUGCAGCACCCCUGGAUUGCUGGGGAUACAGCCCUGGACAAGAACAUUCACGAGUCUGUCAGUGCUCAGAUCAAGAAAAACUUUGCAAAGAGCAAAUGGAAGCAAGCAUUUAAUGCCACAGCAGUGAUCCGUCACAUGAGGCGUCUCCAGCUGAGCACCGGCAGUGAAGAACCUUGCCCCACCUUGCCCGGUGCGUGCCAAGCUCAUCUUCUCAUGCAAGAGGAAGGGGCGCUUUGUGAAGGUGUACUCUCCCAGAACAUGGAUGGAGGAGCCGACCCUCUGUCCAACUGCACCUACCCCUGCCACCCAGCCAGCAGUGUGUGAUACCUAACCCACUUCAUAUACCUGUUAAUCCCAAAUCACUUUCCAAUUUUAAUCCCCUUCGGUGGAACCUGAGGCAUCGUCUCCUCCUGCUUAUCUGGCUGGGCAGUGUCAUUCCAACCUGCCGCCUGCAGGGGGAGCAAGACUGUCGAGCCUGAAAGGGAAGAAAUAUAUCGGUGGAGGGAGACUUGUCAUGUUUAAGCACCAAGGCAGAUCAUUUUUGGGAUGAGUUGAAAAAGAUGCAAAGGAUAGAGGGAAAUACAUCCUCCCCCUUCUUCAUGUUGGGGGGGGGGGGGGG